CAUGUUAAAACACGCCCACGCACGGUACGCUGGUUGGCCAGCGCUCGGUGCAAGGUUGAUUUACAUAAUUGCAUGAGAUGAUGAGCUGCACGCUAAUUGGUUGGGGCAGGACAAGAGGUCCUCAUAAGGCAGACCCGCCGCGAUCUAGCGCACCUACGGAUCUCCGCCGCCUCGCUGACGACCAAGAACCCGACGAGCCAUGGACGACUCAGUGAUUUAUCCGCAAGAUCUCCAAUAUUGGAGGACACUGCCCGCGUACACCGGGCUGUCUAAACCUCCACAGAUGGACGCAGCGACGAAGACAUCACCCCGUCACGACGGAGCCCGGACGCCGCCAACUGGAGACGUACCAGACACUUGGCCCGCGACCAACACAGCACCGACCGUUAAACGACCCCGAAAGUCGGAGGUUAUCAACGACGGAGUUGAAGCCAGGUUCUCUAUUGGCGAAGACGUAUUUGUUACAGUCGGGUGUUUCAAGGGGAUGCCGCUAGUGAAUGUGCGGAGGUUCUAUCGACCUUGUCCCGGGAAAGACGUGUGGAAGCCCGGUAAACAAGGGCUGGCUCUAGCCCCAGAGCAAUGGCUCGCUCUCAAACGCAACAUGAGCAGCGUGUCGUCAGUUCUCCUGGCUUGCGGAUUUUCAGCCAAGCACACAGCAUACAACGGUAACGGGAGCACGUUCCUACCCAGCCGAUUCGACCUGGGAAACCAACGAUAUGCCGUCGUGGAGCUGUUCAGAGGGAAAGCGGUCGUGAGUCUACGAGAGUUUUUCAGACCGAAAGCGGAUCAAGACAAACUCCUCCCGAGCAAGAAAGGGCUCAACCUAUCAGCGCAGCAGUGGGAUGCCCUGGAGGAACAGGCAGACAAGAUCGAUGCCGUCCUGAAAACCGUCCUUGAGCAGAAAUCGCUGACCAGCAAAGUCCUGAAAAAAUAGCGAACCAGUGAUUUGUCAUGAUAUGAAAAUAAACGUCCUGUGGUACAAACAUGGGCUAAGAUCUCAUUGAAGCGUGU